GACCGGCGCGCCGCAAAAGAGCCCGGCACGCUGAGAUCGGCGCAAGCGCGGAAGCAAGGGGGGUCCUUUAACUUCGGCGCGCGCGGAAAACAAAAAAACCCCUGAAGUCGCGCCCCCGCCACUGACGGAGGGAGUCGAACCCGUGCCGAGGGCCAUUCAUUAUAUCUACCCCCUUCCCAUUUACAACGUAGACGGGCCUGUCGCGAGUUUAGUUAUUUUUUUUCUCCAAUUGUUUUCUGACACGUUGUCGUUGUUGGAGGGUUCUCACCCCCGUUACGCCACCCCCCACUCGAGCAACUCCUCCGGCGUUAACGAGCCCCAGCAUCUUCCUCAUCCAAGUCCGGCCAGGAAAAGACAACGCCACACCAUCACGCCGAGAACACUGCACACUAGCUGCGUCCAGAGGCUGGCAACAUGGAAAAGAAGACGUCGGGGCCGAAUGUGUUUACCCUGGCGUUCCUGGGGGGCCGCAAUGGAUGCCGGGAAAAGGCAUCUCCUUUCACAGCGCCUCAGGCAGUUCCUAUCUGCAAAGAGGCCGAAGAUAACGAGGAGUCCUCGUGUACGACGAGUGGUCUCGGAAGCCAACAGGACCUCGCCGGUGUCCCCAGCAGAGGGAAGUGGGCGGGCAAGGCGGACUUCGUAUUCGGCUGCAUCAGUUACGCCGUCGGCCUGGGCAAUGUCUGGCGGUUCCCAUACCUCUGUUACGAGAACGGAGGUGGUGCAUUCCUCAUUCCAUACUUCAUUUGCCUCAUCACAACAGCAAUUCCCAUGUUCUACCUGGAAGUAGCCAUGGGCCAGUACCUGAGCCGAGGUGGCAUAGGAAUCUGGGGCAUAGUUCCCAUGUUUAAAGGUAUCGGGAUCGCAUCACUAACUAUCGUGACGCUAUCCAACAUCUACUACAUGGUGAUCGUGGCAUGGAUCCUCUUCUACCUGAUCUCGUCUUUCACCGAAGUGCUUCCGUGGAAACACUGUGGCAAUCACUGGAACACCGAGAACUGCUGGGAGUACAACGAGACGCAUGCAGCACCCCACAAUAAAUCUGUUACUCCAAUUGUGGAGUUCUGGGAAAAUCACGUGCUGGGCAUCUCAUCAGGGUUACACGAGAUGGGCAACAUGCGUCUUGAGCUGGCCCUUUAUCUGUUCCUGUCAUGGUUCAUUGUGUACAUUGUGAUCUGGAGAGGCCUUCAUCAAAGUGGAAAGAUUGUCUGGGUAACAGCCAUCUUUCCCUACAUUUGUCUCUUCGUGCUGCUUGUAAGAGGUGUCACAUUACAAGGCUCAAUCGAUGGCCUGUUGUUCUACGUCACGCCGGACUGGAGUCAAUUGCUCAAGCCAAAGGUAUGGAUUGCUGCAGGCACUCAGGUGUUCUAUACUUUUGGAAUUGGCGUUGGCUCGGUGGUGACGCUAGGUAGCUACAACAAGUUUCACCAGAAUUUCUUCAGGGACUCGGCAAUAGUUUGUUCCAUCAAUCCCCUGACGAGUCUCCUAGCCGGAACAGUCAUAUUCUCUGUGCUUGGUCACAUGGCUUAUGUAGCCGAAAAAUCAGUGGGUGAUGUAGUCAAAUCAGGACCUGGUUUGGCUUUUCUCGUGUAUCCUGAGGUUGUCACCCGAAUGCCAGCUUCAACAGUCUGGUCGAUACUGUUCUUCGUUAUGCUCCUUUGUUUGGGAAUAAACAGCCAGUUCUGUCCUUCUGAAGCAAUAGUUGCUGGUAUAAUCGACCAAUGGCCACAGCUGAUUACUAGACGAAGGCUCAUUACGUUCCUUAUGGUCGUGUUCCAGUUUCUCCUUGGGCUUCCUAUGGUCACUCAGGGUGGCAUGUACCUUCUACAGCUGAUGGACAACUAUGCUGUCACUGGCAUCACAUUGCUAUUUAUAGUGUUCUUCCAGGCCGUCGCACUGUCUUGGAUAUACGGUACCAGCAACAUCUCCGAUAAUAUCAAAGAAAUGCUUGGACGUCGCCCAAGCGCUCUGUUCCGGUUAAGCUGGUCAUUCUUCAUACCAGUCAUGUGUGUGGCCAUAUUCCUGUUCUCUGUGAUCAAGUACCAACCAAUUGUAUAUGCCAAGACAUAUGCAUACCCGUGGUGGGGAGAGAUGCUGGGAUGGUUUAUGGCACUCGCCUCCAUGGUCAUGAUUCCUGCAUACAUGAUCUACUUCCUCCUCUCAACACCUGGCUCCUUACGAGAGAGGAUCCUGGCAGGUGUUACUCCACAAGUGGUGGGACAUAGUGAGAAAGAGGAGAAGGAGUACACGUUUAGCAACAGAGCCCUUCAGCCAUAGAGACUCAGGACCAAGUUCACCGUCGACGAGAUCAUCGCGCAUCACUUUCAUCUCAUCAACCAUCGCACCCAUGCAUUGUAUCUAUGCAUCACCUUCGUGUACGACAUCGCCUAUUUUUGUGGAUCAAGUGUGUCUUCACACUGCCUGCUCGACUCAACAUCACCAGUAAAUUAUAAUGCAAUGCACAUUCACACGUGAAUGAAAACACUCUUUUUUUUUUACAUAUAAAAGAAUCCAAAAAUCCU